AUCUGUGGAAAAUACACGUGAAGAGGUGUUACUUCAUCUUCAUCCCAAAGCAACUCUCUUAUCUGUUCACCAUAGAAACAGGAUAAGGGUGGUGCAAGAACAAACACGACUCAAGACCAUGUACCUUGGUGACAGUAUGACAUCUAUGACAUCUAACAGCACCUUCAAAACCAGUUCCAGUAUCUCAGAGAUCCUGACAUUGUGCCAGGUAGACCCAGAGAGCGUCCUCUAUAACCUGGGAUUUGCCUGUGAGAAAAUGUGUUCUAUGUACAAAAUUCCAGCCAGAUUCUUCCUCUUCCCAUCUAAGGCUUCGGGCAUUGAUUUCAGGAGGUUUGUUGAAUCCCAAUUACAUAGAAUGAAGAUGGGUGUCCCCAGCUAUAUACCAGCAGAUGAAUUUCUGAACAAAACAGUAUGAACACUCCAGAGCCUGUACUCCUAAGUGACACUGGGCAGAAGCCAGCAACCAGUCGUCAACAUAGGAAUCUCAUAGACAAUCUAAACAUGUAUAUAUCUUAAGUGAAAGAAAAUCCUAUUCAUGGUGCAGAUGACAUUAGAACGGUAUAUGCUCAAGAUACCGGCUUUCGUGAUCCCGGCAGUCAGAAUACUGACACCGGAGUCCAGACACGCGUCAGAACACAGAUGCCCGAAACCCGAACAGGUCAACAUCGCGACGCUGUUAUCCUGUCAGCCAGAAUCCCAAAGGUAAGUAUAGCCUGGAGCGUUAGGGUUUGUCUUUGGGUGGUAGGUUUAGGCACUAAGCGGGGAGGGCUAGGGUCAGGCU